CCGUCGAUGGAAUCCUCCACAAAACCCUAAUAUCACUUCAUUGCUCUCUCUCUCUCUCUGAAGCUUUGGCGAGCCGCUGAACCGACCCUCUCCCAGCGAUCUUAAAAUACAGAGAGAUGGGUGUAGAAGAAGCCAAGGGAGGACCGGUUGUUCCAGAAUCUGUUUUGAAGAAGCAGAAAAGGAAUGAGGAAUGGGCUUUGGCAAAAAAGCAGGAUCUUGAAGCUGCGAAGAAAAAAAGGGUUGAGAAUGGGAAGCUCAUUUAUAAGAGAGCCAAACUCUAUGCAAAGGAGUACGAUGAGAAGCAAAUGGAGCUGAUUCGGUUGAAGCGAGAGGCAAAACUUAAGGGAGGGUUUUAUGUUGACCCAGAAGCCAAGCUCUUGUUCAUUAUCAGGAUCCGCGGUAUCAAUGCCAUGGACCCUAAGAGCAGGAAGAUUUUGCAGCUUCUGCGUUUGAGACAGAUAUUCAAUGGUGUCUUUCUGAAAGUAAACAAAGCGACAGUGAAUAUGCUGCACAGAGUUGAGCCAUAUGUGACCUAUGGGUAUCCCAAUUUGAAGAGUGUCAGAGAAUUGAUUUACAAAAGGGGAUAUGGUAAACUUAACAAGCAAAGAAUUGCUUUGACUGACAAUUCGAUUAUCGAACAGGCUUUGGGUAAGCAUGGAAUUAUUUGCAUGGAAGAUCUCAUCCAUGAGAUUUUGACUGUUGGACCCCAUUUCAAGGAGGCAAACAAUUUCUUAUGGCCAUUCAAGCUCAAGGCACCACUGGGUGGUAUGAAGAAGAAGAGAAAUCACUAUGUUGAAGGAGGUGAUGCUGGAAAUCGUGAAGUUUACAUCAAUGAGCUCAUCCGCAGGAUGAAUUAGGUUUAUUAUGCAGAGGAUUUUAUCCUAUUAAAAUUUUUGAGAUUCUACCUUUUACCUUUUUGUUCAUCGAUGUUGCGAAACUUCAGAACGGUGUCGUUAGAGCAUUUACUUUUUUGCAGUUUGCUGGUUUGACAUUGGUUUCUCAGGUUGUGCUAAAUUUUAUGGAAUAUCUAUUUUAGUAAGGUAAGACAAAUUAGUUAUUUUUA